UGUGACUUCAUGUAGUACAAGAUGAGGAAGCGUCGGUCUUGUUUACAGUGGUAUAAAAAAAUGAACCCAGGACGAUUGAUGGCCCCGGCACACUGACUACUUACUGAUCUGUAGCGCUCAUCACUACUAACCUGUCAGAACUAACAGAGGCAGUUAACCCACUGUUCCCCGGGCGCCGUGGAUGUCGAUUUAAGGCAGCCCCCUGCACCUCUGAGGGGUUAAAUGCAGAAGACACAUUUCAGUUGAAGGAAUUCUGUUGUACAACUGACUAGGUAACCCCCUUCCCCUUACUGCAUCUGUCUAAUUUGUUCAUUUUAACACCAACCUCAGUUAUGACAUAUAAAUUCCCUGUUACUAUCCCACAUUCAUCAUACUCUUACAAAUGUUGAUUGUGUUACUUUAUGGCAUGCAAUAAACCUGGGUCAUACUACAGCCUUUGAGGUAGUUCAAAUGGGGACAUAUAGCCCAUUGACAACAUCUAAUUAAUGCGUCCCGAGCCACUGCAUUUAAUCCCCAUUGUAAUUUCCCUGUUUGUAGACUGUGUCAUGGCAACAGUUGCCUCAGUCAUUGUUCUCUCACUUUUUGUCUUUCCUCCUCAAGUAUGCAUUGUGUUGAGGCUCUUCACAUUCACAGGUGUGUUGUUUAGCUGCCUGCUCUCACCAGAUCCAUGCUUCUUUUUUUUUUACCUCUGAGGGAAGCAGGUGCUUUGGGAAAGGGACCGGAUCUGGGAAAACGACAACGUAUCCAAGCCUCUUCCUUAAUAUGAGGUGUGAGUCCGAAGUCUGAGGGUGAAAAAGAGGAUCAUUUAAUAGAUUGCUGUUCAUUCAAUACGGCAGCUCUCUGAGAUGAGCUCUGUUGAGAUGACGGGGCUUCAGUUCAUCUGAUCAGAAGAUGUUGUUUGUCUGUGGGCAGACAAAGAGGACUGUCGGUGGAUUAUCUUGGCUGUCCGUUUAAGGUGAAGCUCUCUGUGUGUUGUGAUAUGGCAUACCUGGUUCACACGGCUCACCCUCAGUUCGUCUGCCUGUGGUUGAGCACCGUGGGUUGGGCCCUUACCGCGGUGACCCUUGGACUCAUCCAGUGGAGGGUCUGGCAGGUGGCCGACUUGACCUUCAUCACCUCAGGAGAGGCCUGGGUCGGUCUCUGGAGGGUGUGUUUCUAUAGCCAUACACUCGUGACCUCUGGGUUCAGGGUCAUGUAUUGUCAGAGUAUGGCGCUGUCCGACUCCUUCACGCCCCCGGAGGUCGCCACGGCCCAGGUGCUCACUCUGCUAGGGCUGGUCGUGGGGUUCUGUGGGAACGCCGCCGCAGUCUACGCCCUCAGGAGCGUCUAUUUUGGACCGGAGAAGCCGACGCCUAUCCGCCGUGCGUUCGCAGUGGCUGGUACUCUGUGCUUGUUGUCCGCUGUGUGUUUUCUCAUACCUCUCCUGUGGAACUUGAACUCGGUGGUGACCAAUCAAACGAUUGCGUUCCCGUCGAACUUCCACAUGCCCCCUGCACCUGUGACCCAGAACGCUGGGGCAGGGAUCGGGGUCGGGAUCGUAGGGUCGUUCAUGAUGAUCGUCAGUGGAGUUAUCUUCAUCCUCUAUAGGUUCCCUGUCAAGAUGGGACCCAGAGUGGAGCCUUCUGGUCCAGAGGCACGACACUUUGAUGGGUCACGUGUUGGGACAUUAUCCAUACUGUGUCCCACAGACCCAGGGGACAAUCGGAGUAGCUCUCAGGCCAGGGACAAUCCUGCCUUCCACUCUGAUGAGCACUUGUGAUUUUUUGGCCAUAUCCCUUUUAGUAUUUGAAGCAUUGAAGCAGAAGUGAUGUGACGUAACACGGGAAUAGCCGUUUUGAUGAAACUAUGUCGUUCGUAUGAGAACCCCCUCCUCAGAACCUCGGAACAAGUGACAUCGAUCGCCUUCACCUGGGUUCACCUGGUCAGUCUGUCAUGGAAAGAGCAGGUGUUCUUAAUGUUUUGUUUACUCAGUUUACACCCCAUUGACUCUUGAAGAAUAUCAUUUAUAAAUGCAUCAUGACCUGUCAUUCCCCAUCAGAACCCCAAAUAUAAGCUUGUUUCACUCCAUUGUUUGUAAACAAUGUAAUUGUAAACAAACGCUGUAUAGCGUCAUUGUGGUUGAAACUAUCAUUUCGGUAUCAUGGAUGGAUGGUCACUUUGUUAUUGUUUGAACUGCAGAUUGCACCUUUAAAAUAUGUCAUUACAUUGAUCAUACAUUGAUUCGUAACAUUGUUAUACCUAAUGGUUGUACUAGAGUUGAUAACAAAAAAGCACCUUUAAUUUACAGUCACUGUGCGUUUGCGUUGUAUUCAGUGAAUACUGCUCCUGUAGAGUAGCAGUAAUUGGGAGCACACACACACUCUCUCUCUCUCUCUCUCUCUCUCUCUCUCUCUCUCUCUCUCUCUCUCUCUCUCUCUCUCUCUCUCUCUCUCUUUUGAGGAUGUACUUGCAACACACUUGACUUUAGUCAUUGCCUUGCAAUCACUCCAAAGGGAGUUUGAAAACUGAUUACAUUAAAUAUGUUUUACAUGUCAUUUGUAUUGCUGGUGUCAUUGAAUGUGUUUCUUUGUAAAUUAUGCACUGUUGCUGUUUAUUUGAUCAUAUUGAAAAUGUAUUCUUGAACUUUUAAGGGCUCUUGACAUCCAGGUACAAUAUUAUACACAUACACAAUUCAGUCAGAAAUAGUUGUGAUAAAUCAUGUGAUUAAAAGAGACAAUGUUUUAAUCAA